CACUUUGCUUGAACCCUGGAAGAAGUAGCACCUAAUCUUUUCUCUGGCACGGGAUAAUAUUGAAAAGGAUACAUUGGACAGAAAAAAGAUCAAAAAUGAACCAGCUCUGGAUCACUCUCUUCUUGCUCUGCCCAGCUGUGAUUGACGGAGGUAAAGUUCUUGUCUUCCCAUUGGACGGGAGCCACUGGGUGAACAUGAAAGUCAUCAUUGAGGAACUCCAUGCAAGGGGCCACCAAGUUACGGUGGUGAGAACAACAGACAGCUGGUACAUCAAGGAAACCUCCCCAUUAUACACUUCAAUUACACUCGAAUCGGAGUCAGGAUUUGGUGAAGACUUUGCAAAAACGUUCGUGACCCAGUUGCUGGAAAUCCAGAGAGCAGGGAAGUCUGCCUGGACACGUUUCAAACUGGAAAUGGAACAAGCACAAAUGGCUGCAGUGCUGCAUGAGAAAACGGUCACAAUGCUUGAGCAGCUUUUUGAAAACAAAGAUCUUAUACAGUCGCUGAAGGAUGCCGAAUAUGACCUCGUCCUUGCAGACCCUGCCAUACCAGGGGGGGUCCUGCUUGCCCACUACCUAAAGCUGCCUCUUGUUUUCAAUGUCAGAUGGACCAGUCAAGGUGAAGGUCACUUUUCAAUCGCACCCACUCCUCUCUCUUAUGUUCCAUUAACAGGGACUGUGCUUUCAGAUAAAAUGAGCUUUCUUGAGAGGGUUUUUAAUGUCUUUGUUUUUGGUUUCGCAGAAUAUCAAAUUGCCUAUUAUGUUUUACCAUAUUAUGUUGGCCUGAUUGAUAAAUAUUUAGGUCCAGAUGCAGACUAUUUAUCCCUGUUUCAAGCUGCUGACAUCUGGCUGAUGAGAGUGGACUUUGUGUUUGAGUUUCCUCGUCCCACCAUGCCUAAUGUUGUCUACAUGGGAGGGUUCCAGUGCAAACCAGCAAAACCUCUUCCUGAGCACCUGGAGGAGUUUGUGCAAAGUUCUGGAGAGCAUGGGGUCAUCAUCAUGUCUCUGGGGACUUUGAUUGGAGAGCUUCCCCAUGACCUAGCUGAGGAGAUCGCUGCAGCGUUUGCUAAACUACCACAGAAAGUCAUCUGGAGAUACAAAGGUGCCAGACCAGCCACUCUGGGCAACAACACUCUGCUAGUGGACUGGAUGCCACAGAAUGACCUUUUAGGACAUCCCAAGACAAAAGCAUUUGUGGCUCAUGGAGGAACAAAUGGAGUCCAAGAAGCUUUGUAUCACGGAGUUCCUAUCGUAGGACUUCCAUUGAUUUUUGAUCAGCCUGAUAAUCUAUACAGAAUAGAAGUAAGAGGAGCCGGGAAGAUAGUUGAUAUUUUUAGCAUGACUGGGGAAAUCUUCUAUCAAGGAAUCCAGGAAGUCCUGAAUGAGCCCUCCUACAGGUUGAACAUGCAGAGACUCUCCAGGCUGCACAGAGAUCAGCCAAUGAAGCCGCUGGAUACAGCCCUCUUCUGGAUAGAGUUUGUCAUGAGGCACAAAGGUGCAGCUCACCUGAGAACAGAGUCCUACAGACUGCCCUGGUACUCAUACCACUCUGUAGAUGUGAUUUUGUUCCUGGCUGGAGCUGUGUUGCUCAUGCUGUUCACUUUUGUCCUUUUCAUCAGGUGUUUGUGCACUACAAUGUGUAAAUCGAAAGUGAAACGUGAGUAAGCAUUCAAGGGAAAGGCAUUGUGCACAUUGAUUAAAAAUAACUUGGUGAUAUGUACAUUUAUUUUUGGAUUGGUAUUAUAAACUAAUGUGACAUUUGUUUGUCUGCCUGCUUGUGCAACAUUUGACGUUAUGUUGUGUGUUAUUUGUAUUAAUUAGAAGUCGCUGGAUAACUCAAUAGUGUUGGGAACAUAAGUAAAACACUUGGAAUUAAUGUCAAAUUAGAUACGUUUUACAAAUCAACGUGAGGAUAUUUACAAUCUAAUCUUUGUUGCAGGGCAUUUUGCAGGAGUGCUUGUAACAACCAGAAGUACUCCGAAAAACCUGGAACAUUAACUUUAAUUACAUGUGUUGCGUCAACACAUUUCACAUAACUGUAUUAGGUGAAAGUCAACGUUUCACUUUCUGCAGUGUAGCUCUAUAAAUAUAAACGCGUCAUUGGAAGACAUUCACAGCAUUUGUUUGUUCAGGUCUGAUUUCUCCUGGAGAAAAUGACAUGUGUUUUCAGAUUCAUUCAUUCCCUCAUCUUGGCUCUGUGUUGUGGGACCGUUUGAAAUCUCUAAGCACCAGGCAGAGCGUCUGUAUUUUGACCCUACAGAUGUAAAUGCACCUGAGAAAAGUAAAGUGCUCCUGCUGAGCCACCGCCUUUGUUUGGCAUUAGUACUUUUUGUGUAACAUUAGAAUAGCAAUUAUUUGACCAAACUGGAUCUGCAAAUGGUGAGCUGUGAAGAACCUGACAAUAAAUGUGUUUGUUUGUCUUCAAACUGGUUAUUUAUUGGAAGCACACAUCACUCCCACAAUAACAGCUUCUCAGUGCCGUUUUGAAGCGCAAAUAC